CCCUUGCAGCCUGAUUGGCCGAGGGAAACGUCAGUUACUGUCUGUCUUAGAAUGUUCCUUAUUAUUUCACUGAGCUCUGACCAAUCGCUGUACAGGCUGACAGGAAAAGGCGGACCCCCGUGGUAGGCAUAGUGACAAAGACGCACGAGACGCUGGACGCUCGGCCGCCAUAUUUCAUAUGGGAAAACGAAGCAAAUGUAUUACCAGCCAAUAAAUCCGCCCAGUCCCAUCACGUGGCUGUUCUGAUGGCAACGUACCAGCUCUGGUCACCAUGGACUCCGCUGGAUGAAAGCUUGCAAUGGAUAAGACGGGCCGCACCGAGAACGCUCAGCAGUGGCUCUUCAUACAUGCAGGUGCUCUCUGUACUUCCCGGCCAGAUCUACACAGAGAGCGGAUCCAUCGCCGACCUGCCACACUACCGCACCAGAAAAUCUGCACGGGAGAUAACGGCACCUACGCCAGUAUUACUCCGGGGCGUAGACCAGGUCUUCUGUACCACCAUCACCGUCCAGCCCCCUAAAUGGAGCGGCGCGUUCCACGUAUCGGAAAACUCUGCUUUCUCCAGAGUUCUCAGUAAGCAGGAGCUGCAGCCGCCAGGCCUCAGGGAGCCGGAUGUGAGGGUGGCGGUCCGUGUGUGUAAGCAGCUGCUGCACGCCAUUCUCCUGCUCUAUGUCACCUACAAGAAAUGCACGUUCGGCCUCCAGCACGCACAUCCCGCGGACCCCUGAGUCCUGAUCUCAGAUUAUAAAGUGUAA